AUGGGUAUACGCGAUAUUCUCAAGAAGAAGGACGACCUUUCAACAGGUCAACCUGCUCAGAAUGAGACAAUCGACCGUCUGGCAGCUCCCGAGUUUACAAUCAUCCGCUCCGACACCUCGACCCAGGAGCGCAUCUACCCACCGUCUAUGAAGUCCGUCGACAACCUGUACCUCGCAGCCCAAGACCCCAAAGGAAAAGAAAAGCCCCGCCGAUCUCUUGACGUCUUUCGCUCCGGCCGUUCACGAUCCGGGUCUGAAUCGAGCCAGACAAAGAAGGAGAGCGGCGCCCGUCGUCUGUCGCACCGUCUACACCUAAGCCGUGCUCCUCCGUCGUCCGAGAAUGUCCCCGAGAACCUACCAGAUAUCGUCACGUCGAGUGACGGCCCAGACGAGCUGCAAUGGGAGAAGCGCGCGACUAUGUUAGCGGGCCAGAACAACCGCGUCAGGACCGCCAGCCGGCCAGGGACCCCCUCGGACAGCGGCAGGAGCGAAGGGCGGGAGGUUUCGUUGCAAAAGAUCGAUGAGGAUAUCCAAGAGGCUAUUCGUCUUCACGAGGCAGGCAACCUGGAGUUGUCGACGCGCAUGUUUGGGCGGCUGGCUGAUCCUCAAGGCGCCAAUAAUCCAUUGAGUCAAGUCCUCUACGGUCUUGCUUUAAGACACGGAUGGGGUUGCGCACCAGAUCCAGAAGGCGCUGUCAAGUAUCUAUCGGCUGCAGCCUCCAAUUCCGCCUCCAUUGAGCAAAUGGCUCUCCAGGCCGGCAUGAAGAAGGGCGGAGCUGCCAAGGGAGAGCUUGUUCUGGCCAUCUUUGAGCUGGCAAACUGCUUCAGACAUGGUUGGGGUAUCAACAAAGACGCCUAUGCCGCCAAACAGUAUUAUGAGACUGCAGCGAACCUAGGAGACACUGAUGCCAUGAACGAGAUUGCUUGGUGCUACGUUGAAGGCUUCGGGUGUAAGAAAGACAAGUUCGCAGCAGCCCGGUAUUAUCGACUGGCCGAGAAGUCCGGCAACAAGACACUAGGGAACUCUUGGAUCUGGAAGGAAAAGUACGACCCUCCGGGCGAGGGCAGCCGCAAGUAG